AUGGGAUUGGCGAAUGGUGGGAAUGAAGUGAUUAUGGAUGAUGGAGAUGGCGGGGGUGGAGGAGGAUUAAAUGGCAAGUCGUUUGGAGGGUUGUUUCAUGUUCGAUUUGUCUUGAAGUGGUUAUUGAUAUUAUGGGCUAAGCUUCAACGCGGAUGUCAAUUUCAUUUGAGUAUGUUAAGGAAACGGAAAGAGACAAUGAAAGCCCAGAGAAUGAACUCCAACCCCAGUCCAGUCCUUACAACAACUCAGCAAAUGAGGGGCAAAAAAGAAAAGGACCGUGGGGUUCUGGCCACGUGGGGCGUGCUCUAA